AUGUCACUUUUUGCUAACAUUAUUUUCUCUUUCUCCUUAGCUUACACUGAUAACCUCACUGCCACUGGCAAGUUGGACAAAGCCGCCAUUUAUGGAUCAGACGGCUCUGCCAUGUGGGCCAGCAGCAACAAUUUCAAGUUGGAGCCCUCAGAGAUUCAGGAACUUGUGGGAGGUUUUGCCAAUGCAUCAAAUCUAUGGGCCUCAGGCUUACACAUUCAAGGACAGAAGUAUUUUUGCAUCAGAGCAGAUGAUCGAUCCAUUUACGGUAAGCAUGAAGCAGAAGGUGUGCUCUGUGUUAAGACUAAACAGGCUAUUUUGAUUGCACACUAUCCGGGAGGAAUCCAGCCUGGCGAGGCAGCCAAGAUCGUCGAACAAUUGGCUGACUACUUGAUUGGUCAGGGUUACUAG